GUUGAAUAUAAAAGAAAUCCAUUAGAUAAACAAUGAUUACAAGCAAACAGGUCCAAGACGCAUGUAGAGGUCCUAUUACUUAUUCCAAAAUUAAAAUAUUGAUGGAACAAGUGGGUAGUAGAGCGACCACCAAGAAAAACCUGGGUGAUAUUCUGGAAGCAUUCAAAGAAAUUGGACCCCUUCAUACCCAACUAGAGGAACAUCUUCAAGAUGAUGAGGAACUACUAGACGAUAUGAUGACAUUAGCCGACAUAAAACUGGAAGUCAAUACUAUCACCGGUAUGGUGCAAGAACAUCUGGAUGAGAGAGCAUCAGGAUCCAACAGUUGUAGCAAGUCGCAAAGUAGUUCUAUGCGUAGCAGAUCGCCCCCUGUCAUACAACAGGAAAACGCAGACUGCCAAGAUGAAUUCGACAAGCAAGAUGAGGAAAACCGAGAGGCAGACGAACAGCGGUCACAGCAAGCUGCCCAGCUAUCGGAAUUAUCCCGACAGAAGAGAACGCCGCAGGAACAAACCAAUGAAGCCGAAAGACAAUCUGCAGUCACGAGCAAGAAAAGAGACGUCUCAUGACCUACAACACCUGUUCUUCCUAAAGAAAGAGAGCUCAACGGUACAGAGAAA